AUGAGUGUCUUCAUGUCAAUCCCCACAGGAGUCUUGGGAGGGAUUGCUGGGGUCCUCCAAGUGAUCUCCUUACUCAGCUUGGUUUUGCUACUGUUCAAGGUAGCCCAGUUCUACCUGCACAGGCAGUGGCUACUCAAAGCCCUGCAGCAGUUCCCGUCACCUCCCUCCCACUGGCUCUUUGGACACAAUCGUGAGUUUCAAAAGAAUGAGGAGCUCCAACAGUUUCUGAAAUGGAUAGAUAAAUUCCCAUGUGCCUUUCCUCGCUGGCUGUGGGGGAGUAAUGCUUUCCUUUCAGUCUAUGAUCCUGACUACAUGAAGACAAUUCUGGGGCGAUCAGACCCAAAGUCUAUUGACGCCUAUGGAUUCCUGAGGCCCUGGAUUGGAAAUGGUUUACUCCUUUUGAAUGGGCAGGCGUGGUUCCAGCACCGGCGUAUGCUGACUCCAGCCUUCCACUAUGAUAUCCUGAAGCCCUACGUGGGGCUCAUGGCUAACUCUGUCCAAAUAAUGCUGGACAAAUGGGAGAAACGCAUCACCCAGGACCCAUAUCUGGAACUCUUUGAACAUGUCUCCUUAAUGACCUUGGACACCAUCAUGAAAUGCGCCUUCAGCUACCAACACAGCAUCCAGUUGGGCAGGAAUUCUCACUCCUACAUCCAGGCUGUUGGGAACCUGUCCAACCUGGUUUUUUCCCGUAUGAGGAAUGCCUUCUACCAGAAUGAUGUCAUCUACAGAAUGACCCCUGAUGGCCGUUCAGCCCACCAUGCCUGCCAGAUCGCUCAUAAACACACAGACCAAGUGAUCAAGCAGAGGAAGGCUCAUCUGCAGAACGAGAUAGAGCUGGAAAAUAUUAGGAAGAAAAGACACUUGGAUUUCCUGGACAUUCUCCUGUGUGCCAAAAUGGAGAAUGGGAGCAGCUUGUCCAAUGAGGACCUUCGUGCUGAAGUGGACACAUUCAUGUUUGAGGGUCAUGACACCACAGCCAGUGGCAUCUCCUGGAUCCUCUAUGCCCUCGCCAUGCACCCCAAACAUCAGCAGAGUUGCCGGGAGGAGAUCCAGAGUCUUCUGGGGGAUAGAGCCAUUAUCACAUGGGAUCACUUGGACCAGAUGCCCUACACCACCAUGUGCAUCAAGGAGGCUCUGCGAAUCUACCCUCCUGUGCCAAUUGUUAGCAGGGUACUUAGCAAGCCCAUCACCUUCCCAGAUGGACGCUCCUUACCCAAAGGAAUUACAGUUUCACUGAACUUUCACACUCUUCACCACAAUCCGAAAGUGUGGUCCAACCCAGAGGUGUUUGAUCCUUUCCGGUUUGCACCAGGGGCUGUUCAACAUAGCCAUGCCUUCCUGCCCUUCUCAGGAGGCUCAAGGAACUGCAUUGGGAAGCAGUUUGCUAUGAACGAGCUGAAGGUGGCUGUGGCCCUGACCCUACUCCGCUUUGAGCUGUCACCAGACCCUACAAGGGUUCCCAUCCCUAUUUCAAGAGUUGUGUUGAGGUCCCUAAAUGGGAUCUACCUGCACGUGAAGAAGCUCCACUAA